AUGGAUCGCCAGGCCCUCGAGUACACCCGAGAACACUACAACAAGCACUCGAACCAGUUCUCAGAGGCACAGGCUCGAAAGUCGGAACUAAGCCUGGACUACAGCUUUGAGGCAUCGCCAGAGCUGGGCUUGAGCGAGUGUAAGGAGAGCGAGAGAUACGAUGCAGUGACAUGCAUGUUUGCCGUCCACUACUUUUUCGUUGCAGAGAAGGCCCUCAAGCAGUUCUUGCACAACGUGUCCAUCAACCUCAAGCCAGGCGGCUACUUCUUUGGGACCGUGCCCGACGGGCGGCGGGUGAAUGAGUGCAUCCGGGGCUCCUUGACCUAUCAAUCUCCCAUGCUCACUGUGGAGGCCAGGUGGAAAGGGUCGCCUGGCUGUUUUGGGAGCGCCUACAUCUGCGCCAUUGGAGACACUGUGACAGGAUCUGAGAAGGGCACGGAGGGGUCUCUGGAGUACCUCGUCUACUCCAACGUGUUUGUCGGGGUGGCGGCGCAGUACGGCCUCGUACCUGUCCUGCAGUACGACAUGCCCAGUCUGGAAAACGUCCUUGACCCGGCUGACGCCAACAAGCCGCUGAAACACUUCCUGCCACGCUUUCCUGGCAGCCACCCCAGCCUGGAGCAGGCAUCCCGUCUCUUUGCCACAUUCGUGUUCCAGAAGCAGGGGGAAUACCCCGCGGCCGAGCCGGUGGCCGAUGCUGCGCCAGGCCCAAACGGGGCAGUGGCUGAGCCUCCCAGCUAUGCCCACCCCACCGCUGCACUCUUCCUCGUCCUCUUCAAGUUCUCUGCCAUCUUCUACUACGUCCUCUGCGGCCUGUUUGGGACCGGUUUCGUCAUCAACUUUUGCGUGAUCACAUUCCUCCUUGUCUGUGAUUUUUGGACGGUCAAGAAUGUGUCUGGCCGGCUCUUGGUGGGGCUGCGGUGGUGGAACGAGGUGUCUGAGACCGGUGGCAGCGACUGGAAGUUCGAGUCCCUGGCGGAGGGUCAGCGCACCGUCAACAAGCAUGAUGCGCGUGUCUUCUGGCUGGUCCUGUACAUCACUCCCCCCCUCUGGUGCCUCCUGGGUCUGGUGGCACUGCUCAAGCUCAACCUGGACUACCUCCUCCUGGUGGUCAUUGCCACCCUGCUGUCCGGGGCCAACCUUGCGGGGUACCUGAAGUGCUCCAAGGCGGCGCAGGCGCAGUUGAAGGGAGUGACCUCCGGCCUCGUCAGUGCCGGAAUCAAGGCAUAUUUCAACCGGGGUUGA